AUGGCGACCAUAUCCUCCUCGCUAGCGUCGUCUCUGCUGCCAUUGUUGUGCUUGCUACUGGCAGCUGCCGCCAACCAGCAGCAAGAGCAGCCAACUCCAGCGUUGCCGCCCAUCACGCUGGCAGGCUGCCCCGACAAGUGCGGCAACGUCAGCAUCCCCUACCCUUUCGGCACCAAGGACGGCUGCUUCCGUCCAGGCUUCUUCGUCGUCUGCAACGACACCUUCGAUCCGCCCCGCCCCUUCAUCAACUCCAGCCUCGUGCUCGGCGACGACGACACGAGGACGCAGAUCAUCGUCGAGGACCUGUACUACCUGACCUCCAAGGACCACGAGACGACACCCAACUGGUCCGCGCGGCCGAUCGAGCUCGUCAGCGUGUCUCUCGCGGACGGGAAAGCGCGGCUGCUGGGUGCCUUCAGCUACGAGUGCAGGCUGAACAUGACGCACCACUCGGUGCGGCGGCAGAGUAUCAACUUCGGCCUCAACGACUCGCCGUUCGUCCUGUCGGACGCCGACAACGUGCUCAUGGGCAUCGGCAGCAACGUCGUCGCCGAGCAGACCACCGGCCCGCUCUGCCAGUCCUACCUCAACCCGAACGUCACCUACCAGGGGCUGCGGGGAUCUGAUCACGACCGCCCCUGUCAACGACCGCCCCGUCAACGGGUCCUGCGCCGGGCAGGGCUGCUGCCACGUCAACCUGCCAAGCGUCCGCUCCGGCAGCAAGGUGACCAUCAAGAAGGGCACCAUGUACGAGGACGACAGCGGCGGCGGCCCGUCUCCUGCUCCUACGCCAUGAUCGUGGAGAAAACGUGGUACAACUUCUCGUCGGUGGACCUCGACAACGACGCGUUCCUGCGGAGGAACGCCGCUGGGGUCGUACCCGUCGUGGCAGACUUCACCAUCGACUUAGGUGGAUGUCCCGAGGCCGGCGAGCCGACGCCCAAGGACUUCGCCUGCAUAAGCGACAACAGCGAGUGCGUGGACCGGCCGGCCGGCGAGUCGACGGGGCACUACUGCAGUUGCUCGGUUGGGUACCAAGGGAAUCCAUACAUCCAUGGAGGAUGCCAAGUUCUCUUUCAUGGCAGACGAGAACGGCGACCAUUUGGGCGAGCACCUCCUCCACCUCGGCAGCAUCUGGGCGUGCGGCUCCAGGAUCGUGGCCUGAUGAUGCGUCGUGGUGGCAUGGCGCCUGAAGCUCUCGAAGGUCACACCGACGGUGACGGUGGUCAACACCGCCGACCUCAUCGCCAAGUGAGAGAUGACUAUCCUCUAGCAGGUCCUCCCGGACCUCACCAUCCGGAUCGUCCUGCAGGCCUGCAGCACAGGCACGUCUUCUUCCAGACACUCUUCCUCGGCGGGUGCUCCGACCUCCUGAACAUGAUGCGCGGCCUCUUCCCGGAGCUCGGCACGACGGCGGCCGACUGCAACGAGAUGAGCUGGCUGCGCGCUAUGGCGUUCAUCUACUUCGGCAACACCAACACACCGGUGGAGGCGCUCCUGAUCCGAACCAACAACAUGGGCAACUACUACUUCAAGAGCAAGUCGGACUCCAUGCGCCACGUCGUCGGCAAGGCCAGGUGGGACAGCCUGUACCACCAGUGGCUCUCGGAGAACGGCAACGGGCAGAUGAUCCUGGAGCCGCACGGCGCGGCGGUCCGUGAGCAUCUAGGCGAGCAUCGCGGCGGCAGCGUUGGGUGGCGAGGUGUCGGUGCCGCGGAACUUCCAGCGCAGGCGCAUCUCCGGCGGCCAAGCCAACGAGGAGCACGAAGGAGCAGAGGUGAGAGGUGA